AUGUCGAAGACCUUGAACGCUUAUAGAAUAAAGAAGAUCGAGUCCCUCGGCAGGAUGACGGCGAUGACGCAGGAGGAGAUGGUGGCCGGCGCGAGGACGGUGGCCGCCGGCCUCGAGGCCCUCAGGGCCGAGCACGCCCAGCUGCUGGCGGGCCUCGCGGCCAACACCGAGCACGAACACGAGAAGGCGUCGCUGGUGAGGAAGAGCAUCGACGCCAUCGAGCUGGGGCUGGGCGAGGCGCAGGUGAUGAUGGCCCUCGCCUCCCACCUGCAGUCGGUCGAGGCGGAGAAGCAGAAGCUGAGGACCCAGGUGCGCCGCCUCUGCCAGGAGAACGCGUGGCUGCGCGACGAGCUCGCCGCCGCCCAGCAGCGGCUGCAGGCCUCUGAGCAGCGGGUGGCCCAGCUCGAGGAGGAGAACAAACACCUGGACUUCAUGGCCUCCAUACGCAAAUACGACAGCGACGUGACCGAGGAGUCGGAGAACAACCGCAGCGGCCAGGCGGACAACAAGCGAGACGAUCCGAUGGUUGACCUGUUCCCUGACGACGAGCACGACGACAACAGGAACAACAAAUCCAUGUCGCCUACGCCGCCGUCGCAGUUCGCGCAGCAGGUGAACACCGGCUACGAGAUCCCGGCGCGGUUGCGCACGCUGCACAACCUGGUGAUCCAGUACGCGUCGCAGGGCCGCUACGAGGUGGCGGUGCCGCUCUGCAAGCAGGCGCUCGAGGACCUGGAGAAGACCUCGGGCCACGACCACCCCGACGUGGCGACCAUGCUCAACAUACUGGCGCUCGUCUACAGAGACCAGAACAAAUUCAAGGAGGCCGCUAAUCUUCUGAACGAUGCGCUCUCCAUCCGCGAGAAGACUCUCGGGGAGAACCACCCCGCGGUCGCUGCGACACUAAACAACCUCGCAGUCCUGUACGGAAAGAGAGGCAAGUACCGCGAGGCGGAGCCACUGUGCAAGCGGGCGCUGUGCAUCCGCGAGGCGGUGCUGGGCCGCGACCACCCCGACGUGGCCAAGCAGCUCAACAACCUCGCGCUGCUCUGCCAGAACCAGAACAAAUACGAAGAGGUGGAACAGUACUAUCAGCGCGCUUUGGAAAUCUACGAGAGCAAGCUGGGCCCCGACGAUCCCAACGUCGCAAAGACCAAGAACAAUCUCGCCUCGUGCUAUCUCAAACAGGGCAAGUACAAGGAGGCAGAAACACUUUACAAGCAAGUACUCACUCGGGCGCAUGAGAGGGAAUUCGGAACUAUUGAUGGCGACAACAAGCCCAUUUGGCAGGUGGCUGAGGAGAGGGAGGAGAACAAACAUCUGCAGAAGGAGAAUGCUCCUUACGGGGAGUAUGGAGGCUGGCACAAGGCCGCCAAGGUGGACUCGCCGACGGUGACCACCACGCUGAAGAACCUCGGGGCGCUGUACCGGCGCCAGGGCAAGUACGAGGCGGCCGAGACGCUGGAGGACUGCGCGCUCCGCAGCCGGAAGGAGGCACUGGACAUCGUGAAACAGUCGCGCGCUAGGGGCCGGCACGGCGGCCGCGAGCCGGCGGAGCCCCGCGCGGACCACGAGGAGGGCGCGAACCAGGCGACCGAGCCCCGAAUGAACCUAAAGUCGAAACUGUUCAAUGCGCUAGGUAUCAACACGGGGAGUAGCGCACCGCACCAG